UGGAAAGAGGGUAAAAAGAAAAGCUUAAAAGGAAAAUCCACGUACGAAUUUCACUCUGCCUCCUCUGGACGAGCAAGGGAGGAAAAGGUCUAAAAGGGAAGCAUUAUCCAGGUACGUUUGAGCGUCCAGCCUGCCAUUGAGUGUUGUCUUCUUGUUUUUGUGUGUGUGUGUUUUUUCUUGCUUCUUCUUCUUCUUAUCGUUCUUCUCUCAUUAUGGCAGAAGUUUCGAUGAAGCCUCAUGAAUCAGUGCCCGACAACUCCUCACAGCAGAGCACGAUACCAAAGAAGAACCACAAGUCCAGGAACGGUUGUCUCACCUGUAAGAAGAAGAGGCUCAAAUGUGACGAGACCAAACCACAAUGUCUGAACUGUCAAAAGCGUGGUGUGGAGUGCGGUGGGUAUUCAACAACGUUCAAGUGGAAGAGCUUUGAGGAGACCAGUGCGUCACAGAGAGUAAGAAAGGUGUCGACUGGCUCUUCCAUGGGUUCAGCGUCUGCUCUACAACCAGCACAGAAGAUAAAGAGGUCGAUGUCGGUUCCUGAUAAGGUAUUUGACGAGGCAUUGCAACAGGCAUCGCUGAGUAUUGCAGGCAAGUCGCCAGAUGAGCUCGCAUUGCAAAACGAGCUAAUGAAAUUGGGUAAGAACCCGCAUUCUAAGUUACCUCAGUUAGCUGAAGAACAGGCAUAUAUCACUUCGCCAGCUGCGCCGUCUGCUUCAGUCGAGUUUACCACGAGCUCUUUGAGACAUCAGCAACAGAAGGGUGUACAGCAGCAAGGGCGGCCUCAUCCCUCUUCUCCAGCACCAGCAGCACCUGUAACAACUGCAGAACUACAGCAACAACACACUCCAUUACACCCACAACAGCAUCAACAUUCACUUCAACUGCAGCAGAGUCAGCCCCAGUUGAAGAAGAGAAGAGUAUCUUCAAUCAUCGCACCAUCUCCUCCAAAUAUGGUGCCAUCCCCUGGCCCAAUACAGGACAUUCCUUCCCCUUCAUUAUCAACAAUAGUACGUUCUCUGACUGAUUUUGACCAGCCACUGCCCGCAAACAUCCCAUCUCCAAAUAUGGAGAGCUUCUAUCCAAAGUUGUACGAAUUGGAUUCGGAUGCAGUAGAAGAGGGUCCAUCGUCCUCUCAUAACGUCAGCGGUAUGAAGAGGUCGUUAUCUGUGGACUCUGCACUUGCACAGACAACAAUUCCUGAAUACCGUCGUGAGUUAAUAUCUUACUCUCAAGCACUAUCACCAAAAUUGCCAACGAUUCACUUACCGCAAUUUGACAUCUCCAACCUACACUUAUCAAACACAGACUUUGAUCGGGUGUUCCAAGCGUUUGACAAGUAUACAUGUGCAAUAAUGUCCAUUAGAGAUGGUCCAACAGAAAACCCGUGGAGAACCCUUAUGUGGCCUCUUGCCAUGCAAAACAGUGUUUUGUUUAAGUCGCUGGCGGCGAUGGCACUAUUCCAUAUUGCUAGAGGUGACACAGCGUUGAGGAAUAGUGGAAUCACAUACAUGAGACAAUCUAUGAGUGAGUUGGCUGAAGGGUUGGUCAACAACUCCAUCCCAAACGACGUUGCAUUGGCAACGUGUCUCACUCUGGCCAUCACUGACUCUUGGGAUAAGCAUACCACUGCGGGUAUUGCCCAUUUGAAGGGAGCAAAGAGCAUCAUCAACAAGCUGGACAAGGAGGCAAUUCAAAAGAAUUCAAAGCUUUACAAAUUUUUGAUAAAUUCGUUCCUGUACUACGAUGUGCUCUCAAGAAUGUCAUCUUCCCAGCUUCUUGACUCUGACUACGAUGAGAAUGGUAAGCUCAUUAAGAAUCUCAGUCUGUUGAAGUGUAUUUCAGCGAGGGAAUUGUCGCCUGGAGCUGACGAUGAUCCUAAGUUUAACCCGAUGUCUCCUCUGUUUGACGAAUCUGUAUUGAACGGUUACGCCAUGGAUAAGGACUGCAUCAUUGACCCUCUGCUCGGGUGUGCUCGUGGCUUAUUCUUCAUCAUUGGACGUGUUGCAUCUUUUAUCGCUAGGGUUAGAAACAUGAAAAAGCUCUCGUUAUCAACUGUGUCGAAAGCCGUAGCUUUGAAGCAAGAGAUUGAAUCAUGGAGACCCGAUGCUAACAUUAGACAAUGCAUGUCUUUAGAAGACCCGCUUUGUGACAUAAGCUCGUGUAUUGCCACUGCUGAGGCCUAUAGAUUUUCCACGCUGCUCUACUUGGAACAGGCUGUGCCAGAGAUCUCCUCGCAAUCGUCCGCUGACUUGGGAGAAAAGGUGUUGAUGUUACUGGCUUCCAUCCCAACAACAUCGAAAACCUGUCUAUUGCACAUGUUCCCAUUACUAGUGGCAUCUUGUGAGAUAACCGACCCUGAUGAUAGGGCAUGGAUUGAUGAAAGGUGGAAAGUUCUCUCUCAGAGGAUGUGGCUUGGUACUGUAGAUAAGGCCGUUGAGGUUGUUCAUGAAGUUUGGAGAAGAAAGGACGCAGCAGCAAGAGCGUCUAAUGCAAGCACAAGUUCCAAGAGCUCAAACGCGCUGUCAACAUCUGCCGAUUGGGACUUGUUCCAAGGCCGAAUUGACGUUCUAAACGGCUCAAAGAAGAGAGAGACUGAAGGGAUCAAUUCUCCAACGCAUUGGAGUUCUGUGAUGAAAGACUGGAAUUGGGAGGUGUUAUUUGCAUAGAAGGAGUAAAAGAUUAGAAGAAACGAUAGAAAA